CAGCGCUAUGGCUGGGGAUGGGCGUGGCCGAGGGCGCUGGCGGCGGCAGCAGCGGGAGCUCCUCGGAGCCCCGGCCUGCUCGCUGUUAGCCAUGGCAAAUGACGGAGGCGGCAGCAGUAGGUACUACUCGGGAGGAGGCGGCGCCGCCAGCGAGAUGAUCAGCGCCAGCAGCAACCUGAACGCGGUCUCCUCGGCGAUCGACACGGUCGUCAUCCCCAUGACCAUGGAGGUCCCCUGCGACCGCGGCCAGCGCAUGUGGUGGGCCUUCCUGGCCUCGUCCAUGGUCACCUUUUUCGGGGGACUCUUUCUUAUCCUGCUCUGGAGGACCCUCAAGUACCUGUGGACCAUCUGCUGCCACUGUGGGGGCAAGGAGAAGGUACAACAGAUAAACCAUCAUCACCACCCCCUGCAGUCACCAAUGUGAUGCAGAUAAAUGAGAAACCAGAGACCCUUUUGUUUCAGCCAUGCCCGGAGCAGGAUGAGUUGAGGAAGCGUCUUGCACUGUCGUCUCCUGGAUCAACCUUUGAUGACUGCAGUACACUGCACAGUUGUCCUCUGAGCGACCAGUCACAGUUGAAGGAGGACAUGGACAAUUUGAAGCAGAAGAACAACCAGUUGGUACGAGAGCGCGAUCACCUCCAGCAGUUAUGUGAGGAAAUGAAGAAACUUCAUGAUGAGGAUCUGAAGGAGAUAACAGACCUGCACAGUCAGCUGCAGCAGGUGAUGAAGCAGAAUGGGUCAUCGGAGACACUCAAUAAACUCUACAAUAAAGCAAUGGGCAAGCUGGAGGGCGUGAAGAAGGAUUACGACGCUCUGAGGAAGCGGUACAAUGAGAAGAUGGCGAGCUACAACACUGAUCUGAGCCGAUUAGAGCAGAAGGAAGGCGAGAACAGGCGACUCCAGAAGCAGAUUGACAAGCUGAACAGAAGGUUUGAGACUGUGCAGCAGGAACUGAGCAAAGCCACUGCCCAAAACAAGGAGCUACAGAGAGAGAUGGAGCGGUUGCAGGCAGAAGUGACGAGGUUUAAAACAGUGCAGCUGAAAGCUGUGAAGGAUGCAGAGAAGUACAAGGAAGAGAGGGACGCCGUUUUCAACGAGUAUUGUCUCAUCAUGAGCGAGAGGGAUGAAGUCCUCAAUGAAAUGGAUAGGCUGGAUACAGAGUUGGAACUUGCCGAAUCCAAAUUGAAAAACAUGUCCUCGAAGAAAAGAGUGGCUAGUGAGGAAAUGGAAGCCUUAAGACAGAAGCUGAACUCUGUGAAGGAAGAGAGAGAUGUGGCUAGGAAGUAAAGAACAGAAGCCAUCAUCCAGAUAGGGUGAGAUCAUGGAAUGAUAGUGUACAGUUGAGAUGCCCACUUAUUUGCUAGGGACUGCAGCCCUGCUGCAUUCAGUUGAAACUGUUCUCAGGAUGGCAGUCCUGAACUAUGGGAAGAAAAUAAUAGCCAGUAAUGUUGGCUUUGUUUUUAAGAGGGAAAAUAGUGCAACUGCAAUAUGAAGAUAAGGGCCACAUUAGCUACUGGUGAUUCAUGUGUGCGCCAUGCAUGUAUUAGUGGUGUGUGUUUGUAACUAAAGACCGCAAAUUCUCGAUACUACAGGGAUGGGAAGGGUCCUAUUUUUAAGAACAAAAAGGCUAUAUGGAGUAAGGAGUGCAGAACCCUUUCUUCAAAUGUUUUUCUCCCUUCCAGCUGAGCACCGUUCCAACACGUGAGCUCAGCUGAGGAGGAAAGCAUUCGGGAGAAGAAUAGCAAGGAGGGGACAAUGGUGCCCCACUCCUUACCCAUCUACCCCUUUGGGUUUCUUAAUUUUAAUUUUAAUUUUUUAAAAAUGUCCCCCAUGUGAUUCAUAUAUCUCCAUAUAACUACCAGGGAAUGCAGUUAGAUUUUUCUCUGUAAUAAUAAAACUUGUUCUGGAGGACCACUUUAUAUUGCUUACAGCAGAAAUCUUUCAGAUCUCUUGUGAAGUUCAGGGCCUAAUUUCUUAUUUCUUUUUAAGGCUGUUUUUCCUUUUGUACUUUAAAAGCAGGCUCUUCCAACGCAUGCGUGCAGUGCUCUGUGGUUAACAGGCCUGAGCCUUUGAGCCUGAGAAGGAGUCCGAGAAGGAGUCCCAGGCACCACUGCCUCCUCCUCACCUUUACCUGAGGGCCUUCCUGCUCCGCCUCCUUUGUUUUCUGGCCGAGCCCUUCAGAGAGGAGGAAGAGGACCUGCGCCGCCACCGCCACCAAUGCCUUCUGCCAUGCAGCCUGCUUCUGCGAAGUGGUAUGACUGAAGGGACUACAUCUUUAUUGAAUUUUUGUGUUGAAGACAGUAAAGAUGUUAAUGUAAAUUUUGAGAAAUCCAAACUUUCAUUCAGUUGCCUUGGAGGAAAUGAUAACUUCAAGCAUUUAAAUGAAAUUGAUCUUUAUAUUUCAAUUGAUCCAAAAGAAACCAAGCAUAAAAGAACAGACAGAUCUGUCACAUGUUAUUUAUGAAAAGAAGAAAAGCGUGUCUUCAGGGUAUGUUCCACUAAUUUUUAAUGCUCUUCACUUUGUUGUUUUAAAUCACUAGUUAGUGUUCAAGAUAUCCUAGCUAAAACUAGCAAUUCCUUUUGAAACUUAAAAUGAGUGAAGCCCAUACAUUUGGAUGUUUGAUCCUCAAAGCUCUUACAUCUCACUAGGGAGGGAUUAGAGCCUAGAAGUUGUUGCUUGUGGAUCUGUACAUUUAGAUCAAAUUGUAUUUGCACCAUUGGUGUGAAAGCGAGUGACAAAAUGUUAAUAUACUAUAGGAUCUUCUUUUGGGGUUGUUGGUUGUUGUUUUUUGACCAGUGUAUGAUAAGCCUAAAAACCUCAAUUUGUGUUCAAAGCAGUGGGGAUUUUUUAAUGUCUACAUUAUUUCUAAUAAACUGUUGAAGACUC